UAGUUUAAAUCAUCGAAAUGAACUCUUUACCAUCACACUUUGUCCAGCUAACAGAAAAAUGUUGAGAAAAAAGCAACUAUGGGCACCGCUUUCCACAAAUUUUGGGCGGAGAGCUUUCCCUUCAACUUCACGCCGUUUUACGCUCGACCCUUCCCUCUCCACUCCACCAAUCUACUCAUCUUCCUCUAACGUUGCACCUUCUAGGUUCCCCUUUACCACUACUAACCACUAUCAUCUCUUUCUCGACAAUCAUCUCAAAUAUUUCUGGAAUAGUUUCUGCUCCGCAACUUCCGGUGCAGCUACUUGCUGGAACUGCAAUGCCCAUCAGCCUCAACAGUCUCUGUUUCUUGUUUGCCAGUCCUGCCGUACUAUCCAGCCUGUUGAUCAGUCUAUCAAUUACUUCGAGAUUUUUGGACUGGAGAAGACGUAUGAAAUAAAGGAUGAGAAUUUGGACAGGAAAUAUAAAGAUUGGCAGAAGCAAUUGCAUCCUGAUUUAGUUCAUUCUAAAUCUCAGAAAGAGAGAGAGUUUGCUGCAGAACAGUCUGCUCGGGUGACUGAUGCUUAUAGAACGCUUAGCGAUCCUCGGUUAAGGGCAAUUUACAUUCUAAACCUUGAAGGAGUAGAUGUUAAUGAAGAAGAAACAAUUUCAGAAACACAGUUGCUAGCUGAGAUUAUGGAAAUUAGGGAAGCUGUUGAAGAGGCACCUGACUCAAAGGCAUUAACUGGGAUUCAAUCUCUGAUCAAAGAAAAUUUGCUGCAGUGGUCUAAUUCCUUUGGAAAUGCUUUUCAAAGCCGGAAAUUUGAAGAUGCUAUAGCUUGUAUUCGUCGAAUGACUUACUAUGAUCGAGUAAAUGAAGAAAUUGUGAAGAGGCUAUAGGAAGGUUCUUUAUUCUCUGAUGCUCAUUUUGGCAAUUGGGCAAGUGAUUCUAGAUUGUUCACAGACAUCAAUUUCAGAUCUAUAUAUAGGCGUUAUAUGCCCCAUUUUUAGGGCACAAGAAAAAAGGUAGUUCUAUGAAUAAGAUUACCCAGUUACUAAAGAUUCUUUACAUAUGACCAGAUUUGUCAAAUGUACUAUUUCAUCUAAAUUAGCUACCCUUUCUUUUUGAUCUUUUUGUAUCCUAAUUCUCACUUUAUACAAAGUCAUGGAUGGGAGUUUAGAAAUGCGGCUUUUUUUUUCCUUAAAUUUUUUCCCAGUGGGGAGUAAUAGUCCUCUUCUCAGUUUUAAGUUACAAAAGACUGCUGAACCGUAGCUGCUACUGGGCAUAAAUAUAUAGAUUUCAUUUGAGGAUUUCAUUAUGGUUUACUUUUAAAAACCAAGUUACUAUUUUUUCUUACAAUAAUAUUAUUGUUGGUUUGUCCAUAAUCUUAUGAGGAAUUCCUUUAGGAUUUUCUGUCAACUUUUUAUAGAUACACCAAUAUUGUUGGGAAUUUUAUUUGCCGUGUCCCACCACUUAAUAUCAUCAUCAUGAGUAUUUCUGAGCAACAUCCUCUGCAUCAGGUGAAAACUGUGGAACUAGUGAUGCCACUGUGCAUUGUUAUAUUAUAGUGGUGCCAAUAUGCAAUUGGUUUUGAACAUUGUCUGCUUGUUUUCUAUUGCUUUUUUAGGCCGAAGUUGUUAACCUCUUCUGAUACUGUUUGCUAUAGAAUUAACCCCAUGGCGUAAGCACCUUUCUGAGACUGCUUGCUACAGGAUGAAGACAGAAAACAUUUGGAUACUUCUCUAACACAGUUGGUAGAUUUCUUUCUUGUAAUAUUUUAGUUCAGAGAUCAUAUGACUGGUGUUAAAUGUUGAUGAAUGAUAACAUUACUAUAUGUUCAAAUAAAUUAUGCCUUGCGUUCA